AUGCCGUUUCGUCGUUCAAUCGUUUGCGAAGCGGCUCCAACGAAGAAAGCGGAUUCAGCAGCGAAAAGGGCAAGACAAGCUGAAAAGAGGCGGCUUUACAACAAGGCUAAAAAAUCUGAGGUCAAGACUCGGAUGAAGACGGUUUUGGAAGCAUUGGACACAUUGAAGAAGAAAACCGAUGCACAGUCAGAGGAAGUUAUUUCUGUUGAGAAGUUGAUCGCGGAGGCAUAUUCAGCAAUCGAUAAAGCAGUCAAAGCUGGGUCACUUCACAGGAACACUGGAGCAAGAAGAAAAUCUCGGCUUGCUAGAAGAAAGAAAGCAGUUGAGAUCCAUCAUGGAUGGUAUGUGCCUGCUCCAGUCGCAGAACCCGCUCUUGUAGCCACAGCUUGAUGUCAUCCACAUUUUCCAUUUUGAAUGUAAAGCAGUGGCAGAUUGCGAAGAAUUCAGCUUCCUAAAGUAUGAUCAGAUUAUUCCAUUUUUGAUAUUGUAUAUGACCUUGUUGUGCAAUCAAUUUCUCCUUUUCUUUUGCUCUUCA